AUGUCCAAAAUAAGACCUUUACCGCCGGCAUUACAAAAAAUAGCCAUCGAAGAACUUAACGAAGAUCCCACACGUAUUGAUGCCGAUAUUGAGGCUUUACGGACAUGGAUACAACAACAACCCCAUUUACGGGCACGCACAGACGAUCAGUUUUUGGUGGCAUUUUUGAGAGGCUGUAAAUAUAGUUUGGAAAAGGCCAAAUCGAAAAUUGAUAAAUUCUAUACUUUGCGCACCAAAUAUCCAGAACUCUUCACCCUUAAAGGUAUGGAUGAUGAGAAAAUAAAGGAAUAUAUCAGAUUAGGUGUAGCUGUAGCCUUACCCACACCGCUUAAUGAAAACGGUCCUCGUAUAAUGUUAAUGCGCAGUGGCGCCUAUAGUCCCAGUGAAUAUGAUUUCAUGGAAAUUAUGCGUGUCUAUCAAGCGGGGUGUGAAAUUUCUUUAUUGGAAGAUGACAACACUAUUGUUAGUGGUUAUAGCCACAUAAUGGAUUUGACCAAUUGGACUAAAGAGCAUUUUUUCCAAAUGAAUUUCAGUCUUAUGAAAAAGUUUACCGUAUUUUCGGAGGAAGCGGUACCCUUAAGGCCAAAACAUUUUAUAGCCAUAAAUGCUCCCUCUAUAUUUGAGAGUUUUUAUAAUCUGGUAAAGCCCAUGAUGUCGGAAAAACAAAAUAAGAGAAGUGUUAUCUACGGUACGAAUUAUGAGAAAAUGUAUGAAAUAAUACCGUUAAAAUAUCUGCCCAAAGAAUAUGGCGGUGAAAAUGGUUCGAUACCUGAACUGAUAGCCGAUUUUGAGAAGAAAUUUAUGGAGUAUAGAGAAUAUUUCAGGGAGAGUGAAACCAAAUAUGGCACCGAUGAAAGCUUAAGACCGGGUAAACCUAUAGAUUUUGAAAGUUUAUUUGGUAUGGAGGGUUCAUUUAGGAAAUUAAAUGUAGAUUAAGUUAAUAUUUUAAUAAAAAAUUAAC